AAACACACAAAGGCGCUCGGCUUGCAGCCGCUACUGCAAAACUGAAAGCAUGGCUUUGUCGGAAGCGGCGGCUGCCCGGGGGCUCCUUGUGCUGCCUCGGAUCGUGCUUUUCGGAGACUCCAUUACUGAGUUUUCCUUCCAAGAUAAGGGAUGGGGCGCAUCACUUGCUAAUAGAUUAGUUAGAUGAGAACCCCAGACAGCAUGUUCCACUGGAGGAGUAUGCUGACAAUUUGAAAAGUAUGAUAUGCUACCUCAACUCUGUGGACAUUUCCAAACAGGACGUUAUAUUAGUGACUCCACCACCCGUUCACGAAGCUAGUUGGGAAAGAGAGUGUGUUGCUAAAGGUGACAAAUUAAAUCGUCUAAAUUCCGUCACUGGGAGAUAUGCAAAGGCUUGUGUUAAAGUAGCUGAAGAAUGUGGCUCUGAUGUCAUUGACCUGUGGACACUUAUGCAAAAAGGAGACCAGGACUUCUCCUGUUACCUGGCAGAUGGAAUCCAUUUAUCAGAAAAAGGAAAUACUUUUCUAGCAAACCAGCUUUGGACACUCCUAGAAAAGAAAGUGUCAACCCUUCCUCAGUUGUUUUCCUGCUGGCGUGAUGUAGAUCCUCUCUACCCUGAAGCCAGCCUCCUGGGCACCCCCACUGCUAAGAAGUAGUAAAAAGAGUAACAUCCAUAAGUUUUGUAGAUACAAAAUAAA